ACGCAUAUUUCUUGCUUUCACUCUUUCAUGGACAAAAUAGCUGGUUUAUCUGAGGCUAAAGGGGAAGUCACUACGUUUGAAAAUGUGGUACUCCCAAAGAUACUUACAAUCGCUGGUUCAGAUUCUGGCGGUGGUGCGGGUAUACAAGCAGAUUUAAAAUCAUUCACAGCUUUAAAAACAUAUGGAAUGUCCGCUAUUACUGCAGUAACGUCACAGAAUACCGUCAAAGUAAAUGGCGUACAUGCAAUACCUACAGAUUUCAUUAGUAGUCAGAUACAUGAUGUUGUUACAGACAUAGGCGUCGACGCAAUAAAGACAGGAAUGUUACACAGUAAGGAAGUAAUAGAGACAGUUGUUGAAACACUUAAUGAUUUGAAUGUCAAAUGCCCUAUUGUAGUUGAUCCAGUAAUGGUUAGCACCUCUGGACAUAGACUACUCAAUGAAGACGCUUUAAACAUGCUUAGAGAGAAGCUCAUCCCAGCUACUACGAUUAUUACGCCAAAUAUACCAGAAGCUGAACUCAUUCAGGAUGGUAAAAUAGGAGAAUUGGCAGACAUGAUGAAAAUCGCUGAAUCACUCGGUUGUAAAAACGCUCUAAUUAAAGGAGGUCACCGUCCGUAUCGUGACCUGAUUGGAAAUGAAUCGAUAGAUGAGGCUCUGAGUAAAAUGGAGAAGUUAUCCAAUGUUACUGUCGUUGGCUAUGGUAGCACAGCUGAGGUGUUAGAAGAAUACAGAAAUGCUCAUAGCGGUGAGAAAUCCAAUGAAUUAGUUAUCGACGUCCUUUGGGAGAGCGACAGGAAGCACUUCACAUUGUUCGUCCAACCAUACAUUCAAUCAAGCAACACGCAUGGUACGGGAUGUACACUUUCAGCAGCGUUGGCUGCCUAUUUAGGAAAGGGUAUGAGUAUGUCAAUGGCUGUAAAGUCAGCUAUCGAGUUUACUAGUCUCGGGAUAGAGUCUAGUAUGCCACUUGGAUCAGGCAAUGGACCACUAAAUCACAUGCACUCUACAAAAAUCCUCCCAUUAAGUUUACCAACGUCGACCUCACCAGCACCUUUCACGACACACCUUAUUCAAUCAGCAGCUGAACAUUGGGAUGAUUACAUCUAUCACCCAUUCGUAAAACAACUUGCGGAUGGUACACUACCAAAAGAAAGUUUCUUGCAUUAUAUUACACAAGAUUACGUAUAUCUCGUUCAUUAUGCACGUAUACACAGUUUGGCUGGAUAUAAGAGCAAUUCUUUUGCCGAUCUUGAGGCGUUCGCUAACAUCACGCAACACAUUGCCAAAGAGAGCGCUAUGCAUGUAGAAUAUUGCAAUAGUUGGGGUAUAUCCACCUCUGAUCUACUCAAGACUGUUGAAUCAGCUCAUAAUAUUGCUUACACACGCUAUCUCACAGACGUUGGACAUAGUGGUACACUUUUAGAACUCCUCGUCGCUGUUGCUAGUUGCUUAUUGGGAUAUGGUGAAAUUGGUAGAAGACUAAAGAAAUCCGCACUCACCGGUGAAGAAUUCGCCCCUGGUCUGGUUUGUAAGAAAGAAAACAAUCCUUAUUGGAAAUGGAUUGAAGAUUACGGUUCAUCUGAUUUCCAAAUUGCAGUAGAUGAAGGUAUUUCCACACUUGAAAGAAAAGCGGUCGAAGAACAACCAAGUAGAGAACGCCUAAAUCAUCUUACUGACAUAUUCACAAGAUGCUGCCAAUUGGAAUCAGGUUUCUGGGAUAUGGGAUUACACAAAUUGUAAUGAAAUUUUAUUUUUAUAAACAUUUAUAUAUUUAAUGGUGGUUUGUGUAUUACAAGAUUACCUAUCAAAAGAGGAUCUAUUGAGUAGGGAUCGACUCUGCGUGUCUUGAUUGUGUUGAGACAAUGAGUAUGAUUUAUUUCUGUUGAGACAAUGUGUGAGUGUUAUGUUGUGACAAUGCAAGUUUGAGAAGAAGGAAAAGUUACUGAAACCAAGAAAACAUUAUGAUUAAAUAAUUCAACCUAAUCAUUAAGUGAAACUACCUGCUUUUUUUCAAGUUUGGGCGUCGCUUCUAGAUCGAAAUUAUCAUUAUCACUUGGACGAUGAUGUGUGGAUAUCAUCAAUUUAUUAGAAACUUCAUCCUCUAAGUUGAUUGUAUCAUCACUUUGUUCUUGUUUAAGUGGACUGAGAAUUCUAACGGAUGAUUUUGAUCUUGAUGCGUUAGCCUUCCUCGAACUUCUAGACGCCCGGGGUGACCUUCUUAAUGCAUCACGUGAAUUACUCCUCGUAGCUGAUCUUCCUCUUCUUUCGCCCUCGGUGUCGUCAUUAAACCACCUGUUAGUCCUCUCAUCCUGCUCUGGGUAAAAAAUAUUUCCAUCGCUAAAUACGGAUUGUGAAUGACUAUGUGAUUGACUCCUAGCUCUAUUGGUGCUGGUCAUUGAUUGCGUCGGACUGCCGCCGAACCAACCGUUCAGAAAAUUGGAAAUUGGAGUCUGACUGGUACUAUGGCUCAUAAGAGAUGAGCUCGCAUUUGUAUGUUUUCUCAGGCUAUCUACUGCAGAAGCUUGAGAAUGCGGAUGUACCAUACCAUUGAUAUUGAUCUGCUCAGCUGGCUGAUUAGCUGGUUUUGCUGAAGUGGCACCAAAUUGAGAUUGUCUUAUAACUGGAUAGCUCCUCCUCCUGGAUUGAUAUGGUGUUGAAGUUGUGAAGGUUGUCGGAACCGGUGCGUUUUGAGCGGAUGGUUUCCUUGUGAAUUUUAUCUCAUCACUGCCAGCCUUGCUACUACUGCUAGUUGGUGGUAGACUAAUGCAUGGUAUGCCUGGACUGGCGAGUGCGCUGUUGUUGUUCGUCGGCGCAUAAGUCGUUGGGGAUGGACAGAGCGACGAACUAGGAGAAGAUGUGCCAUAGAAUAGAGAAGGCACAGCGCUAACAGCUGACAUUGAUGGACUUGGUGCUGCAGAGCCAAUAUCGUCUGGGUCGAAUGCAG